AUGAAGACCUUAGGUCUCCUUGGAGGCAUGUCCUGGGAAUCAUCUUCGCUCUACUACACGCAAAUGAACCGUGCAGUGCGAGAGCGGCUCGGCGGCACGCACAGCAGCAAGUCCGUCAUGUACUCAUUCGACUUUGCGGAGAUCGAGGACCUUCAGGCCGCUGGUAAAUGGACGAAGUUGGCAGAGCUGUUGGCGAAAGCGGCGACUGGUUUGCAACAAGCUGGAGCGGAGGGGCUGGUGCUGUGCACGAAUACAAUGCACAAAGUGGCCGACCAAGUCGAAACUCAAGCUGGGAUCCCAGUGAUCCAUAUUGCGGACUGUACCGGCAGGAAGAUUGUGGAACGAGGUUUCUCAAAAGUCGGACUACUUGCCACUCGAUAUACGAUGGAAGAGGACUUUUACAAAGACCGGCUCAAGGCCAGGUUUGGACUCGACGUACUUGUACCCAACAAGCAGGAUCGGAACACCGUGCACGAUGUCAUAUACUCUGAGCUCGUCCGCGGUAGGGUGGAGAAGCGCAGUCGAGAGCAGUAUGUCAGGAUCAUUCGGGCGUUGGUUGAUGCAGGAGCCGAGUGUAUCAUUCUUGGAUGCACGGAAAUCACUAUGCUGGUUGGUCCAGAAGACUGUGAUGUCCCGGUUUUCGAUACUACCGCUCUGCACGCAGAAGGAGCUGUCGAAUGGGCACUCAACGUUUGA